AUGGAUCCCACCAUCUCAGCCUGGGGGACUGAAAUCACAACAGUGAAUGGAAGUGACCACGGUCUAACUCCACGUUGUGAAACUAUGAGCCCUACUCUGAGUUUCCUUACCUUCAGCAUUGCCCUGCAUGGGCUGGCAGGAAAUGACGCAGUGCUGUGGCUUCUGGGCUUCCGGACGCACAGGAAUGCCUUCACUGUCUACGUCCUCAACCUGGCCGGGGCUGACUUCCUCUUCCUCUGCUUUCAUAUUGUGUUCUCCAUAGAGAGCAUCAUUAACUUCAUCAGCCCGACCUCAAUCCAAAUCUCUAGGUUUUUAACUGUUAUGUUCACCUUUGCCUACAUUGUAGGCCUGAGCAUGCUCAGUGCCAUUAGUGCUGAGGGCUGCCUCUGUGCCCUGUGGCCCAUCUGGUACCACUGCAGACACCCAAGACACACAUCAGCUGUCAUGUGUGUCCUGCUCUGGGCCUCGUCCCUGUUCUUGAGCCUCCUGGAAGGGGCAGGAUGUGGCUUUCUAGUUCAGGGUUUUGGCUCUGGUUGGUAUCAGACAUUUGAUGUCAUUAAUGUAUUAUGGGUGAUUAUUUUAUUUGUGGUUCUCUUUGGGUCCAGCCUGGCUCUGCUGGUCAGGAUCUUCUGUGGCUCAAGACAGACUUCUGUGACCAGGCUCUAUGUGACCAUUGCACUUACUGUGCUGGUCUUCCUUCUCUUUGGCUUGCCCUUUGGGAUCAACUGGUUCGUCUUAACAUGGAUUGAUAGUCUGUAUUAUAAUGCCCCUUUUCAUAAUGCCAUUUUUCAUCAUGUAAUUAUCUUCCUGUCCUGUGUUAACAGCUGUGUCAACCCCAUCUUUUACUUCUUUGUUGGCUCCAUUAGGCAUCGCAGGUUCCAGCGAGGGACUCUCAAGCUGCUUCUUCAGAGAGCCCUGCAGGACACUCCUGAGAAGGAAGAGUGUGGAAAGUGUACUUCAGGAAAGCCUAGAGAACUGGAAAUAGCUUCGUGUAGCAGUUGA